AUGAUCAUAAAUCGUUUAUUUAUUAUUAUUGUAUUAUUUUUUGUAAAUGUAAAUUCUAAAAUCAUUUCUGAAUCAACUUUAAAUUCUUGUCAAGGUGGUACAAUUCAAAUUGCAGAAUCAAUUCCACUUGGACUUGAUAUUAGUACAAAUCUUUCAACUCAUGAUGCAUGGAUGGAUUUAAUUACAAAUGCUCAAGAAUCAAUUGAUUUAGGAUUUUUUUAUUUUACAUUAUUAGGUGGUUCAGAUUUGGAUCCGGUUUAUGGUGGACAACUAGGUAUUGAUAUUUUUAAUGCAAUAGUUGAAGCACAUUCAAGAGGUAUUAAUGUUAGAAUUGUACAAAACGAACCAUCAGAAUCAUUUCCAGAUACUGAAACACAAACAUUGGCAAAACUAGGUAUUCAAGUUAGAUCAAUUGAUUGGGUAUCAUUGGUUGGAUCUGGUGUACUUCAUACAAAGUUAAUAAUUAUCGAUGAAAGUAGUGCAUACGUUGGUAGUGCAAAUGCAGAUUGGAGUUCAUUAGCACAAGUUAAAGAAUUGGGUAUAGUUUUAAAAAAUUGUCCAACAAUGGUUGCUGAUACUGAAAUUGCAUUUCAACAAUAUUGGAAUGCAGCUGAUUUUACAUCAUUACCAAUCAAUGAUUGGGGUAGUAAUUAUCAAGCAUUAUUUAAUAACACAAAUAUGGCAAGUUUAUCAUUGAAUAAUAAUAAUAAUAAUAAUAAUAAAAAUAAAAAUAAUGAUAAUGAUGGUAGUGGUACCAAUCAAAUGUAUGAAAUGUUUUUAGCGGUAUCACCACCACAAUUUCAAUCUACAUAUCGUACUGGUGAUAUUGAUGCAUUAAUGGAUGCUAUUAAUAAUGCAGAUCAAUCAAUUUGUAUUACUGUAAUGGAUUAUACACCAACAACACUCUAUAAUGAUCCAAAUACAUAUUGGCCAUUAAUUGAUAAUGCAUUGAGAGCUGCUGCAUUCAAUAGAAAUGUUCAAGUUAGAAUGUUAAUUAGUCAUUGGAAUUAUACUUCCCCAAUUAUACCACAAUGGUUACAUUCAUUGAAUCAAGUGGAUAAUAUUCAAGUUAGAUGGUUUGUUGUACCUGAUUUCUCAACAAAUCCACAAAUUCCUUACACAAGAGUAAAUCAUGCUAAAUUUAUGGUAACUGAAAAACAAUCUUAUGUUGGUACUUCAAAUUGGUCUCAAGAUUAUUUCACUGUCACUGGUGGUUUAUCAUAUAAUGUAUUUAAUAAUGAUUUCACAAAUCAAUUACAAUCAAUCUUUAAUAGAGAUUGGAAUUCACCUUAUACUCAACCAAUUCAAAAUUUUUAA